GUCUACAGGCAAUCCUUCCCGAAGCUGUGGGUGUUGCCCGGGGCUGAGAACCUCACUGGUCUCUAGAACCUCAGCAGUCGCCUGGAAGGGUAGGGUGGGCCCGGAGAGGUUUGUGGCGCCGCUGGGGCUUGGGCAUCACGUAACAAUGUGGGCGGGGCUUGAGAGGCCAGGGAACUAUUCAGGGUCCCAGCCAAGGGAAUUCCACCGGCCCCGCUAGGUGGCUGGCUGAGAUGGUGCGGCUGUCGGAGCGCGCUUUGAGGCAGGAAAAGGAGUUCAUCCUCGAUGGGGUGGCGUUGAGCUCCAUGGCCAGCUCCUACGAGCGCACCCUGCCCAAACUCUGGUCUGCCAUCCCUCCUUAUAAUGCACAGUUGGACGUCCACGCGCGCACCUACUUCCAGUCUCCCGUGGUCCAGUCGGUGUUGCGAAAAACAGACCAGACACAUGGUGGGACAAGUCAAGAUGGCUGGAUAGUAGAUUACUUCCACAUCUUUGGGCCAGGACAGAGAUAUCUGAACAGGAGAAAUUGGGCAGGGGCAGGGCACUCCCUUCAGCAGGUGACGGGACAUGACAGCUACAAUGCAGAUCUUAAGACGAUCAGAGGUUUCAAUGGCCGAUUUGGCUACCGCCGAAAUACCCCUGCCCUUCGCCAGCGCACAUCAGUCUUCGGAGAAGUCACCGCAUUUCCACUCUUCUAGCACAGCUUGACCUCACUGGUCUCUCCUCCCCAUUUCUUACCUUACUUCCUGGUAUAUACUUUUAAAUAAAUUCUGAUUUUUAUCUGCUUUA